ACGUCAAUAGUCACGUGGUAUGCUUUAAGUCAACUGCUAGAUGACAACAUACUGUGUGUUAAAUGACAUUAAUUCUUUAACAGCAAAGGAUCAAGGAACAGUAAAUAACCUUUAUAUGUUUUAAAGAAAGUUUAGGAUUAAAAAUCGAACGAAAAAAACGGAUCACUCUAAGAAUAAAACAUACAGGUCGCCACCAUUUGUUUGAAAUGGUGGAAAUAGAAUCAUGGAUUUCCAGAGCCUACUGUAUCGUCUUAAGUUUAGCUUGUUUCAGUAUUUUCAGCUUGACAUCAUGUGAUCAGGAGAUCCUUACCAAUUCCUGGUUGGUGGAAAUCACCGAGGGGGGUGAAAAUGCUGCCAGGGAUAUCGCCAAAAGAUCUGGAUUCACUUAUGUCUCACCGGUGCUUGGGUCCGAUACAGAGUUUCACUUUUUACACAAUGCUGUUCCAAAGUCAAGAUUUAGAAGAAGUAUACUACACACGAGGAAACUUAAAUCACAUCCAUUUGUAAAAAGGGCAGUUCAACAAACAGGAUUUUUACGAUCAAAAAGAGGAUACAAGCCGUUGAAAGGUGUGCUACUGUCCGAUCUAAAGCUUACAAACACUGGUUUAGAUCAGCUUUUAAAUGAUGAAAAGGAUAUCGUUGUAUCAAAGGACCCAACAGAUCCCUUAUUUGACAAAGAAUGGUUUCUCAAAAACAGAGGUCAGUCUGGUGGAAUAGCUGGUCUAGAUUUAAAUGUUGAAGCAGCCUGGGAAAUGGGAUUCACAGGAAAAGGGGUCACCACCGCUAUAAUGGACGACGGUAUAGAUUAUCUGCAUGAGGAUUUGAAAUACAAUUAUAAUGCCGAAGCAAGCUAUGACUUCAGCAGUAAUGACCAUUUUCCAUAUCCACGCUACACAGACACUUGGUUUAACAGCCAUGGUACACGCUGUGCUGGAGAAAUUGCCGCUGCGCGAGACAAUGACGUAUGCGGAGUAGGCGUGGCGUAUGAUUCUAAAGUAGCAGGACUGCGCAUGCUCGACCAGCCUUUUAUGACUGAUCUUAUUGAGGCAAAUGCAAUGGGUCAUAUGCCAAACAAAAUUGAUAUAUACAGCGCCAGUUGGGGACCUACAGAUGACGGCAAGACUGUUGAUGGACCUCGGAACCUUACGAUGAGAGCAAUUGUUAAAGGAGUAAAUGAGGGUCGGAACGGAAAGGGAAAUAUCUACGUGUGGGCUUCAGGGGACGGUGGUCAGGAAGACGAUUGUAACUGUGAUGGCUAUGCAGCAAGUAUGUGGACUAUCUCUAUCAACUCGGCUACCAAUGAUGGUCAGACCGCUGGCUAUGAUGAGUCAUGUUCAUCAACAAUAGCAUCAACAUUCAGUAACGGAAAAAGCACCCUAAGAGAUGCGGGAGUGGCCACCACAGACCUGUACAAUAAUUGCACAACUACUCACUCAGGAACGUCUGCUGCAGCACCGGAAGCGGCAGGAAUCUAUGCCCUCGCCAUACAUGCGAAUGGUAACUUGACUUGGAGGGAUAUGCAACAUUUAACUGUUCUAACAUCGAAGAGAAACCGCCUCUUCGACCCGUACUUAAAACAUUUCUGGCAGUUUAACGGAGCAGGUCUUGAGUUCAAUCACCUGUUCGGAUAUGGUGUGCUUGAUGCAGGAGCUAUGGUAAAGAUGGCACACACCUGGAAACCACUUCCGGAGAGGUUUCAUUGUACAGCUGGAUCACAUGUAAAGAAACUGAAAUUUGGAACAAAUGAGCCAAUUACAUUGACAAUAGAUACUGACGCCUGCAAGGGAACUGAAAACGAGGUCAACUUCUUGGAACAUCUUCAAGCGUUUGUGACAGUGAAAUCAUCAUACCGCGGAAAUAUCGUGAUGCAUCUCAGCUCUCCUAUGAACACAACAUCAAUGAUCUUAAGUCAACGUCCAAAUGAUGAUGAACACAAGAACGGCUUUACACGUUGGCCGUUUAUGACGACACACACAUGGGCAGAAGCGCCGCGUGGUACAUGGACGCUGCGAAUUGAAAAUGUUCCCGGAAAGAAUAAUGCUUACGAUGAAGGAGAGUUUCGGGAAUGGACACUGGUUCUGCACGGUACACGUGACCCACCCUACCAUCACCAGGACGCUGACGAGGAAAAUCAGAACAAGCUGUUUAAGAUUAAAAGAAUGCAUGAAAUGGCGAUGGAAAACUAAAUUACAUGUUUAAAGGCAAAUACACUGGUAUACAACAAUCCUACCAAUGAUAAUUGCAAUAUUAUUACUAUAUAUGUCAAUGAGCAUUUUAUUAUGGCUACUUAAAGAAUGAAAAGCGGAUGUAUGUGUUUAUUUUGUAACAUUUUGAAGUGAAAAAUGAAAAUAUGAAUACAGAGUUAAAUAAAAUAAUAAGGCGUUGCAAAAAUUUGUAAUAUAAAUAUGACUUUAAAAAUAAAAAGAUAUCGCCUUUUUAUACCGAUAAGAUAUAACACAGAUUAUUAAAAGUCAAGAAUAUAUAGGUAAAACAUAUAAUAAAUAUUUAAAUGUAAAUUAAUGUGCUCUGGCAUAUAAAACUGGAGAAUAUAGUGCCACAUGCAGGCUGAUGUAUAUAUGUGUGUGGUAAUAAGCAUAGUAUCUCGUACCCCAUGGUGAUCAUUUUACUAUGCUGAAAUAGAGGGUAAAUGCGAUUUGUCAAAUCUUGAACGCAUGUGUGAAGGAAAGCAUUUAAGAUGUUCGCCGUGAGGUAUGUGACCUAUGCAAUUUGCGGCAUAAUUAGAUAAAGAAAGGGAAAUUUUGUCUAAUUGGGUCACAAUAGAUAAUGGAACUAAAGAAAUGGAAUAUUUCGUUCCUUUACAUUGUACAAAUGAAAUACACUACAGGUUGUUCACGAAAUAUUUCAUAUCUGUAAUUCCAGUGAAAUGAUUUAGGGAAUGUGUGUCAUUAAGUAUAAAAUCAUGGUGGUGUAUUCUUUCAGACAAAAAAAGAAACAUGGACACACAUACUCUUUGGUAUUAUUUAGAAAUUAUUUUUAUAUUCAUCAUUCACCGGUCAUUAAAAUAGCUAAAAAUCUACUUUAAAUGUAUACCGAACUUCGGUAACAGUACUCAUUUUCUAUAUCCUAACGCUGACAGGCAUUGCAUAAAUAUGGACGGUUUAAAGAAUUGUAAGACGAAGACAAAAGUUGUUUUUCCAUCGAAACGUUUCUAACUACGAUAUCACUUAAUGAAGGAAGACAUUAUUAUUUAACAGAAGAAUGGCACAGUCUUAGAUACGAAUGUGUUGUUAAUAGGAAGUAAAUGAAAAAAGGUUGUGAAAUUUGGGGUUUUCAAUGUACCAGCGUUAAAUACAGUGCAAUUAUUGGAGGAAUGACUGUCGUUAUGACAAUACUUUAAGGGCUGGACCAUGUCAAGGUUUAUUUCUGGUUAUAGAAGUCGACAUGAACAUAUGUCUACAUGUUAAGUAAAAAGAUGUUAUUCUGUAUUUUCCAUCAAUUCCAUAUGUUCACAUUAGUAGAGCUAGUUAAUUUCAUGUAUUAAAAUGCACUUGUAGAAGUCUGUUAUGUUCAUACAAAAGUUAUAAGCUAUGGUCUCUAACAGAAACAAACCUAGUUUAAUUAUGAGUAAAACAAAAGCGUCCAAGUAGAGACAUGAAAAAAGAGAGUGCGACUUUUGAUUGUAUGUGGGUUUUGGAACGAGGUGGUUUUGGAGGUUGUAUCAAACAAAACAAAAAGACGCUGCUAAGGUUUUAAACAAUGUAUCAUUUCAGGCAAACUCAUCGAUACCAAAUAAAGAAGCCAAAUUAAUUUCACAUGCAGUUUAUUUAUUUAAUUCAAAAUUUACAAUAAUUGCCAAAUAAUUCACCGUUUUGUGGUAACCCAAAAUGCGUUGAUAAAAAACUAUUUGUCGCCACUCGUAGAAUUCAUCGCAAAAAUAAUAAAAAGAUGAAAAAAUAUUUUACAUUUUCAUGUGACAUAAUCAUAAUUUUAAAAUUGUGAAAAACAACGCAUGUCUUUAUAAUGCUUUUUCUGACAAGCAGAUUCAUAUCAGAAAAUAUAGAUGUGCAAUUACACAGGUACAUACAAAACUUUAAUCAUACGGACAAGUUCAUUACUCACAUUAGUUGUACUCCAUCGGUCAUCUUAAUAUUGUUGUUGUUAUCAUUUGAAUCACAUCGCGAUAAAGGAUACCGUAUUGAAAGUUUCUGAUUUUAAUACUUUUGAUAUGUGAAUUUCUACUAUACCUUAUUUAAUUUCUUACAAUUUCAGGAUAUCAAUGAAUUUUUAAAAAAAAAUUGUAUAAGACGUAAUAACAUGAAUAGAACAAUCUUCUAACGUUUUAUUUUUUGUGAAAGCAUUUUUUGUAUCUAUUUACCAUAAAACUCACAAUAGUUUUUGGUUUUCCUUGAUAUACCUGCUGACGUCAUUAGGUACCCUUUGUCAUGAUGCGGUGCAUCUUUAAAAUGUUACGUUUUGUCUUAAAAUCGUUUGUGUGUGAUAACGUCAGAAAAACUAUUAAAGAUAAAAAAUACUAUUUAUUUUGGAAUGUUGUGCAAUUUACAUCACAUUAUUUGUUAGAAAUUAUAGAAAUUUUAAUCGCUUAUAUUGAAAAUUUUGUUUAUUACAACACAAGAUUUAACAAUCAACAAAUUAUUGAAAUAGAAAUAAAGAUUAUUAUUUGGAAGAACA